UCAAUCCGAGCUUUUCUUUCUUAUUCCGGGUGACGACUCCUAGUCGAACUUGAUGGGAAUAAUCGAUUUGUCCCACCGAAUAAGCGGACACUGCGGCUGCUUCGUCUUCUUCCCAACGUUAUGGCAAUCAAAUGCCCCUCCGUUCUUCUCCCGAAUCGAUGCUCGCCGACUUACCUAUGCAGCAGAAGCAUCCCCAGUGGCUUGUCUUUAAAUCUGCACAAGUCACUUUCUCUGUCUCAUCAACGGCUUGGCUUUGGAGGCAAGCGAUCUUCACCACUGUCUACAGCCAAGCGAGUGUCUGGUGGUGGUAGCAGGUGGGUGAUGGAAGGGAGCAAGUGGAAGAGAACGGCCUUGUUGGUCGUCGACAUGCAGAAUGAUUUCAUACUGCCAGGAGGACCAAUGCAAGUGGUUGGUGGGGCCGCUGUGGUGCCUUCUGUGAGGAAGGCUGUGGAGAUUGGUAGAAAGAGAGGAGCACUAAUUAUUUGGGUUGUUCGUGAACAUGAUCCCUUCGGAAGAGAUGUUGAAGUAUUCCGGAGGCACUUAUAUGGUGAUGGGAAAGAAAAACCUGUCAGCAAGGGAUCUAAGGGUGCUGAACUAGUGGAGGGCCUUACAAUUGAAGAGGGUGACUAUAAAUUGGUGAAAACACGCUUCAGUGCAUUCUUUGCAACACAUCUAGAUGGACUUCUUAAAAAUGCUGGUAUCACAGAUCUUGUCGUUGUUGGAGUUCAAACACCAAACUGUAUUAGACAGACUGUCUUUGAUGCCGUUGCACUUGAUUACAAAUCUGUUACAGUUAUUGUGGAUGCAACUGCUGCUGCUACUCCUGAAAUACACAAUGCCAAUAUUUUUGACAUGAAAAAUAUUGGGGUUGCAACACCAACGUUGCUGGAUUGGUGCGGGGAUGACGUUUGAUCAUCUAUUGUUUUAUCAAUGAUUCUUCCAGAUGAUCGACAAGGUUUAUUUUUUGCCAUCUGUUACCUUUACCAUUAUCGGUCUUGCUGAAGUUAUCCAGUAAUAAUUCCAGCUAGAACGGUUGUGACUACUUGGUGUACAAAUAUUCAGAACAGUUUACUCUCAGUAAACAUUUAUCUCUAUUCAAUUUAGAAGUAUCCCAUGGUUGGGUUUGAUCUAAUAGAGUCUAGAGGAAGAGUACUUUCCUUA